UAUUUUAUUAUAAGAGGACUUAGUUCAUUGUAAGAGUCAUUUUUAAAUGCUUGAAGUUCUGCCAAUUAUUGGGAAUGUGAACGCCUAUAUUAGACUAAGAAUGGUAUUUCACUGUAUUCAAAUUUCUGUUUUCCCUUGCAAAUUUGUAAUUUGUAAAUCCUCCAUUACUGUAGAGUUUUAGUUUUUGUAUUUAGGGAGUGAUCCAAAAUCAAAAGUCAACCUGAUCAAUGGCUGAAACAUACAUGAAAUACAAAGAUCAGCAUGAAGCAAUUGAAGUUAGAGUUGAAGACCUUCUUAGUAGAAUGAGUUUGGAGGAAAAGAUAGGUCAGAUGACUCAAAUCGAUCGUGCUGUCGCCUCCUUUGAUGUCAUGAAGACUUACUCUAUUGGAAGUGUGCUGAGUGGGGGAGACAGUCCGCCUUUUCCGAAAGCCACGGCUGAAGAUUGGAUCAACACAGUUAACAAAUUUCAGGAAGGUGCCUUGGCUACUCGUUUGGGGAUACCGAUGAUUUACGGAAUUGAUGCUAUUCAUGGCAAUGCCAUCGUCUACAAUGCCACUGUAUUCCCCCAUAACAUUGGCCUUGGAGCUGCUAGAGAUCCAGACCUUAUUAGGAGGAUUGGUGCUGCAACUGCACUGGAAGUUAGAGCUACAGGGAUUCCAUACGUCUUUUCUCCUUGUGUUGCCGUCAGUAGAGAUCCAAGAUGGGGCCGCUGCUACGAGAGUUAUAGUGAGGAUCCCCAGAUUGUGCAGGAGAUGACUGAGAUAAUCUAUGGUUUACAAGGAGUAAACCCUAAAGGAUCUCAGAAUGGCAUUCCUUAUGUUGGGGGAAAGGACAAAGUUGUAGCUUGUGCUAAGCAUUUCGUGGGUGAUGGGGGGACAACAGAAGGCCUUGAUGCAAGUAACACAGUUGUGGACACUGCUGAGUUGUAUAAAAUCCACAUGCCUGUCUAUCUCGACUGUAUCAGCAAAGGGGUGUCAACAAUUAUGAUCUCCUAUUCUAGCUUAAAUGGAGAAAAGAUGCAUGCCAAUCGUACCCUUGUCACAGACUAUCUCAAGAACACUCUCCAAUUCAAGGGGUUUACUAUCUCUGAUUGGGAGGGACUUGAUAGGAUGACUACUCCUUAUCAUGCAGACUAUACAUACUCUGUUUUGGCUGGGAUUCAAGCUGGAAUAGACAUGGUAAUGGUUCCUUUUAAUUUUACUGAAUUUAUAGACACUCUUACCAAUCUGGUGAAGAACAAAUCUAUUAGUAUGGGGCGUAUUGAUGAUGCUGUGAAGAGGAUUCUGCAUGUCAAGUUCAUAAUGGGUCUAUUUGAAAAUCCUAUGGCCGAUUUUAGUCUGGUUAAUGAGCUUGGAAAACAGGCUCACAGAGACUUGGCAAGAGAGGCGGUAAGAAAAUCUCUUGUACUCCUAAAGAAUGGUAAAGAAGGAGAAAGUCCAUUAUUGCCCCUUCCUAAAAGUGAGUCAAAAAUACUUGUAGCUGGUACUCAUGCUCAUAAUUUGGGUUACCAAUGUGGUGGAUGGACAACUACUUGGCAGGGAUUUUCAGGAAAUGAUGGUACCAGAGGAACAACAAUUCUGGAUGCUGUGAAAUCUGCUGUCUACCCAAGUACAGAAGUUGUAUACAAGGAGAACCCAGACGAAGAUUUCAUCAAGUCCAACAACUUCACUCAUGCCAUCAUUGUUGUAGGUGAGCUUCCCUACGCAGAGAUGCAUGGUGAUAGCCAGACGCUCAAGAUGAUAGAACCUGGACCCACUGUGAUCAGCAAUGUCAGUGGGUCCGUCAAAAGUGUUGUUGUUGUUAUCUCUGGCCGCCCCCUUUCCAUCGAGCCUUACAUUGCCCCCGUCGAUGCCUUGGUUGCAGCAUGGUUGCCUGGUACAGAAGGCCAAGGAGUGGCUGAUCUGCUGUUUGGUGACUAUGAGUUCACUGGAAAGCUGCCAAGGACAUGGUUCAAAACUGUUGAUCAGCUCCCCAUGAAUGUUGGAGAUCCACACUAUGAUCCUCUUUAUCCCUUCGGAUUUGGUCUGACAACAAAUGCAAUAGGCUUAUCAGCGACUAAGUAAGACAUUCAAUAUGAAUGAUAACAGACCAAAAUGUUGGACUGACAGCAUAGUCUAUAGGGAGACUUGAAGGAAAUAUAUCUUAUUCUCUUAGUAAGAAAAAGAAGUGAAUGUGUGAAAUAAAGCCCUUAAAGGUUUUCUUGUGAAAA